GGGGAAGCCUUUGCGUGCCGCACCGCCCUGCGCCAUGCCCUUCAGCCUGGCGCUCGGAGGUGAAAGUUUCAGCCUGGGCCCCUGUAGUGGUCCCUGUGGUUUUCUUUGUAGUUGAAGGCCUGAGGCCAGGCCUCAAGUGGAAACGGCGUCACCAUGAUGACUGGACGGCAGGCCCGAGCGCCCUUCCAGUUCCUGCCUGAUGAGGCCCGGAGCCUGCCGCCGCCGAAACUGACGGACCCGCGGCUUGCCUUCGUAGGCUUCUUGGGCUACUGCUCCGGCCUGAUUGAUAACGCGAUCCGGCGGAGGCCGGUGCUGUCGGCCGGUUUGCAUCGCCAGCUUCUAUAUAUUACUUCCUUUGUUUUUGUUGGAUAUUAUCUUUUAAAACGUCAAGACUAUAUGUAUGCUGUGAGGGACCAUGAUAUGUUCUCAUAUAUAAAGUCACAUCCAGAGGAUUUUCCUGAAAAAGAUAAGAAAACUUACAGGGAAGUUUUUGAAGAAUUCCAUCCAGUGCGUUGAAGUCUCCAAAAUGCUUGCUCUGGUUUCAUUGAUACCAGUUAUUUCUGUAUUUUGUUGAACUGUUUCUAUGACAUCUGAAGUUUAUGUUAAUCUCUUAAUGUUAACACCUUGUGAUUAAAAUGGUCAUUAUAA